GUUCACACAGCAUGUCCACAACAAAGACAUCACUGGGAGGAACAGGACAGUCUGGUCCCCGAGACACCCCAGAUCACAGCUGGCAAGUAUGAAGAGAACCUUCACAGCUUCAUCCCAGUUCAUGAGCCCAGAAAUGGCAGUCUGCAAGUGACCCAUCACUGGAAUGCUGAGUUUUCCUCAACAGCCAGUCAUUAAUAUUACAGCUACAAACAUUGGGUAGAAUGAUCUUAUCUACAGUUAAAAAGACACAGAGCUCCUGUGCUGAAGUCUGUCCAUUUGCUUCCAGUGGAAUACUGAACCUAUUUUAAAAUCCUGCAACUUACAUAUACAGUAAUGUGCUAAAGAGACUGGCACCAGAGCAUUUAUCAGUGUUGUUGACCGACUGUGGCAUUUUCUGUGUUCCAAGGUUACACUUAAAGGGCAAAGAUUACUUGCUUUUUUGUGCUGCAGCUCCACGCUAUCAAGUCAUGUAUUUUUAAUUCUAAUUCAAUUUUAUUUGUUCUCUGUUUUUACGUGAACUACAAAGGCAAACUUACUUUUUUUCCUUGCGUUUGCUUAACUGAUUCAUUCAAUACUGCUGGCCACUUACCCUAGGGAUUUAUCGGUUCUGCGGUUAGAGCAGAAUCUUUGCAAACUGUUGCCAUCCAUUCUUUCCUGAUUAAAUUAAUAUUCCUUUUUUUUCCAGUCAACUUCUCUAAAACUCAUUCCUUCAUGACCUGCUUCACUGAAAUUGUAGAGCCCUGAUUUGGGCUCUACCUGUGCAGUUUCAAAGUAUGCUUGCUAUAGCCUGCUAUAUUGUGUUUACCCUGAUCCCAAAUGGCUCUUCAACCCGUUCUCUUCACUGUCUUGAUCGUUCAAGUAAACCUUGAUCAAUAAAUACAGCAGCACCCUCUGGCAAGUUCGACAGAGUAAGAGCUCUGAGUGAAGUGCCUUGAUCUUUGUGGCAGGAACAAUGUUACAAAAACAGAUCUUUUCCAGCUCAUAAGAGAUUCAGUAACCCAACUGCAUCCAGCCGUUGGUCACAGUCCAUACGACUGCAUUGAAUCUGACAGUUAUUUCAGACACCCAUCCAUUUUCUAUCCCAGCAAGCCUUCAUUUAGUUCACCUGGAAUAUUAAACUCUCUGUGAAGAGCCAGUGGUCAAUAAACACCGCUGCUCUUAACAUUUCAAGUGGUGUGCUCCACUAUAGUCCUUUAUCUCUGAGGGUAUACUGUAUAUACAGUAGGAUCUCUGAGGUGUAGAAUCACGACCCAGUAGCAGCACUUGUUUUUAUCCCCUCCAUUGAUUAUACAUCAGAAAUGCCAAAAGUACGCAUUUGGCAAUAAGCGUGAGGCUUUGAAUCCUGGCUCGAAAGAUUAGUGCCAAGACAUUCCUUUAUUAGGCUUCUCAGCUGACUCGGAUUUGGGAGUGUGUAGAGUUUGAAUUAAUCCUUUUCAUUUCAAGCCGCUCAACUAUUACUACUUCUUUCAGCGUUUCUGGGCGCUCUCGUUACCUCACACAGAGGUAUUUAAGUACACCGAACAACAAAACACAGAACAUAUUCGGGAACAAGGGGUUAUAAUCGUUUUUCCAGGCCACUACUGGGACGCUGUUACAGGUGGGGGUGUUCAGACUUUGCCCACAAGGAUUUCACGGACUUCUUAAAAAAAAGUUUAUCGAGAAAUGGAUUUAAAAGCGGAAGAAUUUUGUUUUUUACGCGGGACGUAGAAGAAGUAAAAAAAAAAAGGUUGGCGUUGGCUGUUUACAAAUCUUAACGUCCACUUCCAACAGAGACGUCCCAAAAUCAGGUAACUUUUUCAAGCAUAGUAACAGUUAAACGUUUAGAUGUGUUAUAUGAAAAAAGUGAGACGAUUAAAAGUUAAAUUUUAUGAUGAGUUAUAUGAAAGAAGCGAUAUACGCCAUUAGAUCGUAACUAGGAUGUCUGGUUGGCGUGACUACGGUCGCACAGGGCAGCCGGACAGCAAGAGCACGGCGGAAACGGACGGCGGCCUUCCCGUCUCCGCGAUGAUCGACUUCACUGAAAUCACCAUGGAAACGACACCUUCCGACAGGCACAAGACGGAGUUCUGCAACCCGGCCUUCGAACCCGAGAGCGAGGCUGAGGAGACUCCGAACGGCCCGGGGAAUAGAGAGCUCAGCAGAGAGCCCAGGCAAACAGCAGGAGGAGGUGGGCAGCAGCUGUGUGCCUGGAGGCGGGGGGGUCCCCACUGCGGGACAAGAGCCCGAGUCGUCACAGGGUCACUGCUCCUCCUCGGUGCCGGCCUGGGACUGACACUGCUGCUGAUCCACGCCUAUUUGACGGAGCCCCAGAGAGAGGGUGUAGAGCCCCCCUGGAACACCACCAGCCUUCCCACUAACACCAGUACACAGGACAACACUGCCCCCCAGGAACCACCAGGGAGCCCAACAGCAGCACCAAACUGUGGCGGGAUCCUGAGUGACCAGGGGGGCACCUUCAGUUCACCGAACUACCCCGCUAACUACCCCCCUGACUCUGUGUGUGUCUGGAUCAUCCAGGUCAGGCCCCCCUCCCUCGUGCAGCUGCACAUCUCCUCGCUGGCGGUGGAGGGGCGCCGGCCCUGCCUCUUCGACUGGCUGGAGGUCCGGGGGGAGAACGGCAGCGGCAGUACCGGCCCCUUCCUCGCCAGAUAUUGUGGCAAUACUGCGCCAGCUACAGUGAACACCAACAGCAGCUCUCUCCACGUCAUCUUCCGCUCUGACAGCAGUAUUGGAGCAAGUGGCUUCCUGGCACAGUACCAGGCCAUCUUACCUGGCCAGGAGAGCUGCUCCCGGGAGGAGUUUUUCUGUGAUGGGGGACGCUGUGUGCUGCCAUCAGCUGUGUGCAACAGCCACCCGGACUGCCUGGAUCACACUGACGAAGCCAACUGCAGCCAAAAGCACAAAGAAUGUGGGGGACAGGAAACUGGGACUGAAGGCUCACUGUCCAGCCCAAACCACCCAAAGCCCUACCCUCACCAGCAGCUGUGCGUGUGGCAGAUAUCCGUGCCGGAGGGCCACGUCGUCAAACUGACCUUCCGCAACUUUAGCCUGGAGACGCAGGAGGUGUGCGAAUUUGACUUUGUGGAGGUCCAGGACGGCGCAGAUCCCGAAAACAGUCGAGUGCUGGGCAGGUUCUGUGGCUCUCACCCACCUCCCGAGCUGAUCUCCUCCGGCCGGGUAGUGACUGUGCUGUUCGUGGCCGAUGAGGGCGUAUCAGACAGCGGCUUCUACGCUACCUAUCAGGCCAUUGUUGCCGAGGAAAGGACGUGUGGCCCCCAGCAGUUCUCCUGUGGAAACGGAGAGUGCCGGGCCACGGAGUGGGUGUGUGACGGCUGGACCGACUGCCCGGACGGCGCAGACGAACGGGGCUGCGACAACACGACGUACCCCUCUUUCACAUCGCCCUGUGAGCCCAUCAAGGUGGAGAUGUGCCAAGGCUUGAGCUACAACCUGACUUCCUUCCCCAACAUCUGGCUCUCCAUCUCCGACCAGAGGGAGGCAGCCAACGCCCUGAAGCACUAUAAGGUCCUGACGGAGCUGGCCUGUUUCCCGGCGCUGCGCCGGCUGGUGUGCGCCGUCUUCGUGCCGCGGUGCAGCGCGGAGGGCGGGGUGCUGCAGCCGUGCCGCUCGGUGUGCGUCUCCGCGGAGCAGCAGUGCCGGCCGGCCCUGGAGCAGCUGGCCGUCAGCUGGCCCUUCAACUGCCACCUCUUCCCCGACUCGCAGGAGCCCGUAGAGUGCGUCCUGCCCUAGAGCUCGCCGGCCGCGGAGGCCGGGGUCCCGCAAGGUCCAUCUUUAUCCCACAGCUCAGGAACAGACCGGGCUUCUGGGAAAGCUGGCUCUGGUGUGUGCCCUGCAAUGACUCGUCCAGGGUGUAUCCAGCUCAGUGUGGCUAGACGAAAGCCGAUAAGAAACAGUGCAAUCUCCCUGUGAAACCCUCCAUCCAUGUUCUGAAUUCUUUCUAAUUCAGGGCUGCGGGGGAGCAGGAGCCUAUCCCAGCAUGCAGUGGGCGGAAGGCAGGGCACACCCUGGACGAGACGCUCGUCCAUCGCAGGGCACACACAGACAGACACAAACAGCAUUGCGUUUAAAGUAUACAAGCACCAGAACACUACUGGGGUGUAUUAAUUAAUCAAGAUAAAGUGAGUCACAAUGUUUUAAUGGGGAGUAUAACGUCUUGCUAUAAAAUCAGUACGGUAACUGACUCUGCGGUUGGAGAAGGACGCUCGACUUGUUUUGCAGUUGCUUUGUGUAACAACACACCCACAACAUCUAGCAGGCAGGGCUUGAUAAGUUUCUGCAAAGGCGAGCUCUACUCCUGCCUUUGCUCAACACGAUGCAUGCAAUAACUUGUUUACUGUGCCUCUUGAUUGCAUGAAUCAAGCUGCAAAGCAUUUUGGUACCGGAGAGCCCCGGCCCAGUGACUCCAGGGGUCUGUAACCCCGGUCCAGUGACUCCAGGGGUCCGUAACCCUGGUCCGGGAGAGGCCUGAUUCAGCCAGUCCUACACAUAACCUAUUUCUAAAAUUCUAAAAAUCUGCUUGUUAUUGAUGAACGGAGCUAGUAAUUAGUUCAAUUAUCAGAACUGCAGUCUAACAGCUGAAGGGGACUCAGAAUUUGCUCCUAGGUGAUCUCUGCACUCCUCAGUUUAACAGGUGACCUGCAGAACAGCCCAGUUCAGCUGCUGCAGGCCUAGAGAACCUGCAGGCUUGAUGGUCACCUGGGGCUCUCUGGUACCAGGCCUGCAGAUCUCUGCCUCCCUCCUCAAAUCUCAGUAACAGUGGCUAGGACCCGCAGGAAGGGGGUGAAUCCUUUUUCACUGUAUAAUCACAUGUGGGGACACCACACUGCAUGCAAUUACUUUUUGUUUUACUGUGUCUUUUGAAUUGCAGGCGUGUUGGAUGUUGCUCAUUUGAAAAAUAAAUCCUUCCAGAUUAGGCAGA